GAUUAGCUCAUGCACAACAGGUGUGUCACUCAGCUCGCUUGGCACUGCUCCCUGAACCAGCUCCACCUCUCCCCUCUACAGCUGAGCUACACAUUCACAUUCAGCCAAUUUGGAAUCACAACCUAACCAAACAUGCGUGACUUUGAACUGUAGAAGGAAACCGGAAUACCUGGAAAGAAUCCAUGCUGACGCAGGGAGAGCGUGUAAACUCCAUCGAAGAGGGUCCCUGAUGACGAGCAUGUUGAAACCAGAUACCCUCUUCCUAUGUUAACAGUGUUAACUACUGCAGUACCGUGCUACCCUAGGAUGGCAUAAUCAUACUUAACUUAUUUCCUUACCAGUGACGAGAAGCAACCCUAAAGUCUUAACAGCACUUUCUAUAGCGUUGUUAGAUAACAUCAUUCUACUCCCAGCUCAUCUUCUCUUCACAUUCGAAAGGGAACUCAUAUUCACACAGGAAGCCUUUGAACACAUGGAGAGAGAAAGGCAACGCCUGUCAUCAGUCACAGCAGACUGUCUGUCGGUUAACUGGCAAGGCAGAAUGUCACGACGGGACCAGAGGUUUCGGCGAGGCACGAAAGGACGGUGUUGUGAAUGUGGCUGUAUUCUGUCUCACUGGUACUAUGAAAGAGAGGGGCAGCUGUAUUGUAAAAAGCACUACUGGUGCCGUUAUGGAGGACACUGCCACGGUUGCAAGGAGACCAUUGCAACAGGACUCAUAAUGGUUGCUGGAGAGCAAAAGUAUCAUCCUGAAUGCUUCACUUGCAUGAGCUGUGAUAUGGUCAUUGGAGAUGGAGACACCUACACGCUUAUCGAACGCUCUAAGCUCUACUGUGGUCACUGCUAUUGUCAGGGUGCUGUAUCGGACGUGGAGCCAACUUCUCCAGUUACCAAGAGACCACACAUGGUGGCGCUGGUCUCUUUCCCUCCACAUGCAGUCGGACAACGAGGCCUGAGUGUAGUCAUUGAUUUCGGCAAAGACAAAAGUCCUCUUGUGACUGUGACAGAGCUGGACUCAUCAGUCCUAAGCCCUGACCUGCUAUCCUCUGUCCACACUGGUGAUCGAGUAUUGGAGGUUAACGGCAUCCCAGUGCGCAAUAUUUCUCCAGAGGAGAUAAACCGUGUAAUCCAGAACACAAGCAGACCACUGCAGCUGACCAUUGAGCACAACCCACAGGCACCUCAUGACCUCUUUCACUCGGACAGUCCCUCGGAUAACAUCUCUUGUCCUGAGCCCCCUGUCCGCAACAAACUAUCUUCAACCCAGAAACUCCCAAGUCUGGAGGAAGAGCCAAGUCCCAGAGAAGAACCAGAUGAGCAAAAUGAACAAAUUAGGAUGAGACUCUCACCAUCUCAGCACCAAGGGACCCCAGGAAUCCGAUCCAGAAACAUUUCGCGCAGCUGCAGUAUAGAUAAGUGCCACGUGUCUCCUGGAAUGCUGUCGCUUUUAUCUCAAAAAAAAGAAAUGGUUCGCUCAGAGUCUCUUCGAGUAGAUCCAGGAGACCGGGCGCACCGCAUCUUUAGACCUUCAGACCUCAUCCACGGAGAAGUGCUGGGCAAGGGCUGCUUUGGACAGGCUGUCAAGGUAACGCAUCAGGAGACUGGGGAGGUCAUGGUGAUGAAAGAGUUGAUACGCUUCGACGAAGAGACGCAGAAGACUUUUUUAAAGGAGGUAAAGGUGAUGCGCUGUUUGGACCAUCCCAAUGUUCUCAAGUUCAUUGGGCUGUUUUAUAAGGACAAGCGAAUACAUUUUGUCUCUGAAUACAUCCAGGGAGGAACUCUUCGAGAGACUAUCAUAAAAAUGGACAAGGAUUUUCCCUGGAAAAUUAGAGUUGGGUAUGCUAAAGACAUUGCAGCUGGGAUGGCUUAUCUACACUCCAUGAAUGUUAUCCACCGAGAUCUAAACUCAUACAACUGCCUGGUCAGAGAGAACCAGUCUGUGGUGGUGGCAGAUUUUGGACUAGCCAGGUUGGUAAUGGAGGAGAGAAACCAGAGCAGAACAUCUUCGUUUGAACGUCCGACAAAAGGGACGCUGUCAGAGCUCCGCAAGCAUGACCGCAGGAAGCGGUAUACUGUGGUAGGAAACCCCUACUGGAUGGCGCCUGAGAUGAUCCACGGGAAAACCUAUGAUGAACGGGUAGACAUCUUUUCCUUUGGCAUCAUGUUAUGCGAGAUAAUAGGGAGGGUGAGUGCAGAUCCUGACUACCUUCCAAGAAGAAAUGACUUUGGGCUGAAUGUGGCAGGUUUCCUGCAGCAGUACCACCCUCCACAGUGCCCCUCUGCUUUCAUGCCACUGGCUGUUCUCUGCUGUGACAUGGACGCUGAUAAACGUCCGUCCUUUUUGAAGCUGGAGGAGUGGCUGGAGAACCUGCUGAUGCACCUGGAUAUUGGUCUGCCUCUGCUCUCUGAGUUAGAGCAGCUCUGCAAAGCUUUUUGGCAGAAUAAUAACCACCAAUGCUCUGAAAACACAAAUAACCACACUGAGCCGAAUCAAUUUACUGAAAACAAAGACCAAAAUGGCAGACUUGACAGCCACACAAACCACGAGCAGAACGCUCAGGCUGACCUUACUGUGAGGACUGGGUCAGAGGGUAGAAACCAGUCGUGCCGCAGGUCGAUAAGCACAGACUCAUGCAAUCAUGGCUCUGAAACCUAUGAACACAGUAACCCUGCAGAACAACUAGGAGCCCGGCGUGAGCAGUCAAGACCAGUACCAGAGCAGUUAAAUGGGUCCAGGAGGAUAUACAAAGCAUUGUGGGACACAUCUACAGAGGAUGGCUCAUUUCUUUGAUUGAUGACCAAGAUGGGACACAUCUACAAAGCCCAGUGUUAAAGGAAUAAGACUGUUUGUGGAGACAUUUGUGUCUUUUCAGUCAAGUAAAUUAGUCAUGAAACUGCAUUUGUGAGAGGAAUAUGUAAAUGUAGAAUCAUGCAAGAUAUUCAACAUGCGAAGCAGUAAAUAUUUGUAUGUUGCCCACAUUGGUCUCAUACUCCACUGUGAACCAGUAUUUAUGUGAUUGCAGCUAGAGCCCUGCUGACACUGAGAAUAGCAAAUAUCAAAAUUGAAAUUAACUGUUUCCAUUUUUUUUUUUUUUAAAUGGAAAUGCACAAAAAGAACUAAAUUUUAUUUAAAUUCCAUAAAAAUUGUCAGUGGACAGAUUAAGUAAAGACAAUCCUUUUUUAUAAUUUACCUCGACUGUUUUUUGGGGGGAUUUUUGUUUUGUUGUUGUUGUUGUUUUUGUUUUGUGUACUGCAGCUGGUCUUUACUUAUUGGCCAACAACAUAAGCUAAAUCUGGUUGUUUACCAUUUAGGCUCUAGUUUCACUUUUACCAAGAAGCUGUGGAACACAUGUCACUUUAUGUCGCCUUAUGUAUUUGCUGCGGAAAAGUGUCAAACCGAAUCUAACCCAACUGAGGACAUUAAAACUUCUACUGCUACUAAACUAUAAUUAAGAAAAUAAAGAGAUGCAAGUCAAAAAUUUUAACUACGAUGUAGCAAAGAUUUAUUUACCAAACAUUACACAAAAUUAAAUAUAAACUAUUUAAUAUUUUAAAAUGCUGACCUUAUUAAAGACAAAUUAGCCAGAAUUAUCAGCACGGUUCUUCUUAAAGGAUUGCACGCAUUUUUGUUAUGAUGGACUGUUUACACUCACCUUUUAGGUACACCCUUUUGCCUUAGUUCUUCAUGGCAUAGAGUCUGGAAACAUUUCUCAGAUCCACUCAACACACAGUUGCUGCAGAUUUGUCGGCUGCAUAUCCAUGAUGUGGAUCUCUCGUUCCACCGCAUCUCAAAGGUGCUGUAAUAGAUUGGGAUCUGGUGACUGUGGAGGCCACUUGAGUGCAAAGAAGUCAUUGACAUGUUCAAGAAACCAGUUUGAGAUUAUUUGAACUUUGGGACAAAUGAUCUCAUUCUGCUGGAAGUUGUGCACUGCGGUCAUAAUUCAAUAUGAGUCUCCCCCAUUUUUAUUUUAUUUAUUUUUUAAGAUAUAUUUCACAGUCACCUCAAGGAACUUUAUAUUGUAGGUUAAAACAUCACAACAUAAAAACCCUAAAGGGAUAGAAAUGGUCAGCUGCUGUACUAAGGUAGGCUGAGGUAUUUAAAUGAUGCUCAGUUGGGGCCCGAAGUAUCCCCUGCAACAUGAAUACAUGCAUCCUUGUAUCACCAUUGAUACAAGGAUGCAUGUAUUCAUGCUUUCAUGUUGUUUGGGUCAAAGUAUGACCCCACCAUACAAAUGUUGCAGCAGAAAUCGGGCACUGUUUUGUUUUUUGUUUUUUUGUUCAAAUGCAGUGAUCAUAUGCAAACUGUAGUCUGUUUCCUGUUCUUAGCUGUGGCCUUCCAAUUAAAGGUUCAACAUGGUGUGCAUUCAGA